UUGAGGCAGUGGGCCAAUGGCAGGAACUGCAGCAGCCGCUGGGUCCUCGUGGACGACGAGCGUGCUCGGAAAAAUCCCUGUGCUUUGGAGCUUGAAGCAAGUCCGCGAGAGGUGCCGAGUUCGAGUGUUGCGAAUCGAUCGACUGAGUGUACUUCCCAUCGGCAAGCAGCGAGUUGCCUUUGCAGGACGACACGAAAUGGCAGCUUCUUCAGUGGCGUCGCAAUGUCAGGCCGUCGCAGGCCUGGCUCCGUUGGGCUUCUCGAAUUCGUCUCUGCUGCGUGGGAAGGCUCUGUCAGCUCCCCUCGCGUUCGCUCCUCUUCACGGAGCUCGAUCUCGCAAGAAUGGACUCCAAGUCGUCGCCAUGGCUGGCAAGAAAAAGGUCAAUGCCUACGAUGAUGGAUGGAGCAAGCAAUGGUUCGGGGCUGGAAUUUUCGCCGAGAACAUCGAGGAUGAACCCGUGAACAUUGUGAAGAAUCUAGAGAAGAAGAAGUUGUUGAGCCAGGUGGAGAAGGCCGGACUUCUGUCCAAGGCCGAGAGUGCAGGGCUUUCUCUUUCAUCCAUCGAGAAGAUGGGGCUCUUGUCCAAGGCUGAAGAUCUCGGCCUCUUGACGCUUGCGGAGAACUUCGCCACUGCCUCUCCGGCUACUCUUGCUUCUCUGGCGUUGCCUCUUUUCGUCGCGGCCAUCGGAGCCAUCGUCUUCAUUCCUGAUGACUCCACCGUUUUGGUCGUCGUACAAAACGUUCUGGCCGCACUCUUCUUGGCCGGUGCGGGAGGUCUGUUCAUCGGAUCCAUUGUGUUGAGUGGUUUGCAAGAGGAGUAAAGAGGUUAACCAAAUUUGCUGACUUCACCAAUUCAUCAAUCGCCUGGUUCUUAUUCCACUCUCUUCCCCAAUCGACCGAGAUGUGCACUGCCACGCCAAAAUUUGGGACAUUCGUCGGCCGAUGUUCAAGGAAGACUGUGUGUAGAGAACCAUUUUUCUCUGAAACCAUGCAGCUGUUGCAUUUGCUUGUGAGUAAAAACGUAGCUUGAACUUGAGCGGUACGGGAGGUACGAACAAUAGUUUGCAGUCACAGAAUGUGCCAUGUUAGAAACUCGAGGUGGUGAAAUUUCAAUUCAUUGUACAAUUAUUAUAUAUAUGUCAAAACCGUUUUUGAUACAACAUUCACCUG